CAUCAGUACUGCAUGCACAAUUCAUUUCUUGCAUAACAAUAACAUGAGGUUAGACCCUGGAGAUUCACCAGACCCAGUUCUAUACAACAUCGCUGCCGAUCGAUUCCUCCGGCAACUAGAAGCUCAAGGCAAUCAGAUCUCGCAGUCCCAUCUGGUCCGGGCGCAACAGCUAGCUACCGACUAGAUGGGAACAGUGGACAAGCGGUGUAGGUCCCAUGAACACGUCCCCUUGAACUAGCCGUACUACCGUACAAACGUACUACCCGACACCGAGGACGCUGAAUUGACUGGACCAUCAUGUCGGAAGAAGUUGUCAAUCAGGCUGACCCAGACGCAAGAAUCCAUCACCGUAACUCGGACAGUGGUGGGGAGAUGCUGCUGUCACCCGCCGACAUCCACUACAUGCCAUGUGCCGGCACCAAGGACGACGUCAAUCGCAACACCGCCGACAUCGCCCAAGAGGUCCAGCCGAUGGAUCUGUGUGAUGAGAAGGCCUGUCUCCAGGUGGUGGAGAAGGGUGGUGUCUACUUCUCACUAGACAACGGUCGACUGGGGCUUCUUAAACGUCUACAGCGGGAGGGACGCUGCGCCAGGGUGAGGGUGGAACAGGUGCCGCUCAAGAACGUGUCCCCGGGGAUCCAGGACGUGAUGGUCGUACCGGUGCAGCCUGUUCGACAGCGGGGGAGAUUGUAUGGUAAAGGUCCAUUGAAACUAUUGAACAUUCUACAUUUGGAGAGAAGGACGUCGCUAACAAGCGUCAACAGCGCCACCGGCAUCACGGACGACGACACCGACGAUUCUGAUUUCCAAGUCACAGACAGCGAAUGUGAUUGGAGCGCCGAUGUUCGAGACAGCUCUAGCAUGCUGUCCUCGGGGGACGAUACGGAGGGCGAGGGAGACAAUCUGCUGUAAACAUGUUACCCGGAAGUUGUUGUAAUGAUGUUUAUGUUGCUGGACUUCUUCGGGCUACGCCAGAAAGAGUGUCCGAAAGGACAGUUGGAUUCACGAUGCUUGAAGAAUUGACGUGCCUUAAAGGGGUUAACAGAGUAUUGCACGACCAGUCAACACGCCACAGUAUCAGUUGGACUCCCAGCCCUUUGUCAGAACAUUUCUAAAGGGAAUGGCUUACCUAAUUUGUUCUUGGUUGAUGGAAGGCGGUUUCACGGUAUCAUCUUUGCUAUCGUUCGAAUCAUUAUAGGUUGUUUUAUUUACAGAAUAAACGGUAAGAAAUA